AUGACGACGACGACGCUCCGGGCCGGCGACGUGCAGAAGAUGCUCGAGGCCAACGACAAGAUGCUCCAGACGUGGAAGACGCUCCUCGAGGGCCGGCCCAGCACGGACAAGACGGCCGAGUACAAGGAAUGGCACGUCAAGUGCGUGCGCUACAAGGAGCAGAUCUCACGGUCGCUGGAGCGCUUGGCCGCGAUGGCCGACGACCAGAUUGCCAAGAAGGAGACCGCGCCAUCGACGACGACGCCAUCCCCACGCCAGAGUCCCCCGCCGACGACCUCGAAGCCAGUCGCGCCGACGCAAUCGCCUGUACAAGCGCAGCAGCAGCAGCUUCUUCAGCAACAGCAGCAGGCGCUGGCCAAGCAGCAAGCCGCGCUGCAGCAACAGAAGCUCCAGCAGCAGCAGCAAGCAGCCCUCCAGCAGCAAAAGCAGCAGCAACAGCUCCAAAAACAACAGCAGCAACAACAACAGCAGCUUCAGCAAAAGCAACUGCAGCAGAAACAAGCACAAGCGCAGGCUCAGGCCGUGCAGCAGCAAAAGACGGUGCAGCAGCCCAAGCAAGGCGCGACACCAGCGACGACUCCCAUGCAGCUCAACGCGGCCGGCUUUACGAACACAGCGGAUCUCUCAGCUCUCUUUUCGAAUCCGUCGAUGGUCAUGGCCAACAUGAGCUCGCUCAGCGGGUUCCAAAUGCCGUCGACGAGCGGCAAUGCGACGUCGGAGCUCCUCUUCAACCCGAUGGACCCGGUCCACCAAGCACAGCUCAAUAUGUACAACUUCAACUUGCUCCAGCAGCAAGCCUUCUCCAACGCGCAGCUGUAUCCUGGCUCGUUCAACCCAGCAAUGAACACGAUGAUGCAGUACGCCAACGCCGGGUUCAUGCUUCCGACGACGACAACGGCCAAUGCGACGACGCCGGCCAACGCCACGGCGGCGUCGACCUCAUUCACCUUCAACGACCAAGACACAGUCAAUAACGUCUUGGACGACUUUCUCUCGCAGCCCGAAUAA